ACUUCUCUAAUAAUUUCAAAUCAAGCUUGAACAAAGUCAUAUCUGCAGAUUGUAAAUAUUUUGGGGCUACUGUUUGAAUUCACUUUUUUUCCACUGUUAAUAAUAAGGCACUGGCCACUAAACCAUAAAUACUUGUCUGUGUUGUCUUUAUACUGCCACACGCACCUCCCAGAGCCGAACCUUAGCAUUUUCUGAUCUAGUCCAAUUACCACCUUAUAAAAUUAAUAAACUCAUACUCUUCUUAUUGAGCAUUACUACAUGUACUUGCUACAUAAUUUGUGGCGAGCUAGCCAGGAGGUCGUGGUUCAGUAUAAAUACAAUUUUACUCAUUCAGUAUCACAAAUCCACUCUCAAACAUGGACUUGUUGGAGUCACUAGGUAUCAAAAUACCAAACGCGGUCUUGGUCAGUGGCGUUCCAGAAUAUAAUGUAGAUGAAAUAGAAGAUUUCCUCCUACAGUACGGUGCCAUCGAGCGUUCUCUACCGAUAAACUCACCGGAGUCUGAUUUCCACAACAUGUGGGUCGUUGAGUUUAAAACCAGGUCAGCUUUCGAUUUAUUGGGUCCAAUUCUGCCAUAUACAUUUAAGCCUGAAGAUAAUGAAUACUGUGUUCAAGACUUGUCUAAAGUUUAUUCGGCUAAUGUUGGUUGCUCAAAGACUAAGACUUAUUUAGCUGACUUAAAACAAGUAGCAAAACUGUGUGGUCAAGAUUUUGCUGAAGUUUUACAAGAACUGAUGUCCCAAAUAAAUGAAGCUGCUACAGAACUCCGCCCUGGUAAAACUGAGAGCCCCAAGGAGGAACCUGUCAUGCCACUGGAAAACAAAAUGGCUGCUCCCAUUCCAGCACAAAACAAAAUGGAUGCCACUCCUGCUCCACCAACUCACAAUCUGGCUGCUGGUUCUGCUGCAGUUGGCACACAUCCUGCUGGUACUCCACAUUCAAUCAACAUAUCUGCUUCUGAUUUGAAUCCACCUGGAGUACAGAGGUAUGUUGUGGAACACAUAGUGAAGAGCGAUGACAGUAACAUGCGUUCAUCUCACAGGUUGCGCAUGUUUUCGGGAAGAACACCACGCCCACAGCAUGAGGUGGACUAUGAUACAUGGCGCUCUGGUGUGGACCUCAUCUUAAAGGACCCAGCCAUUUCUGAGCUACAAAGAUCCAGACACAUUCUCGACAGCCUUCUUCCACCUGCGGCUGACAUUGUAAAGCACCUCAGCCCAGACCUUCCUGCAGAGACAUACAUCCAACAUCUGGAUUCAGCAUUUGGAACUGUGCAGGACGGAGAGGAGCUUUAUGUGAAGUUCAUGGACACGCUUCAAGAUUCGGGUGAGAAACCGUCUGCUUAUUUACAGAGACUGCAAGUAGCCCUGAGUCUGGCUGUCCAGCGGGGAGGAGUGAAGCCAAGUGAAGUGAACCGGCACCUACUCAGCCAGUUCUGCCGGGGAUGCUGGGAUAACACCCUCUUAUCUGAGCUCCAGCUAAAGCAGAGAAAAGCAAGCCCACCUUCAUUUGCUGAACUGUUGCUGCUUUUAAGAACUGAAGAAGAUCGUGAAGCGAGCAGAACUCUGAGAAUGAAGCAACAUCUUGGAACAUCUAAACAGAGAGUUGCAGCUCAAGCUCAGUUCGCCAUAGAAGAGGAGAAAGGAGUUGCUGCUACCCUAUCUGCUCUCACAAAGCAAGUGGCUGAUAUUCAAAAGCAAUUGGCUGCUCUAACGGCCUCCCAGUCUCACCGGUCCAGUGCUCCUGUCCCAAAGCCUCACCAGAGACAAAGGACAACUCCAAGUGUGAACGCACCGCCCUCCAAUCCGAAGCCUGGUUUCUGUUUUCGUUGUGGGGAGGACGGACACAUCAGGCCACAGUGCGAGAAUAGACCUAACCCAGCACUCGUUGAUGCAAAACGGAAACAAUUCAGUGAGAAGAAACAAAAGUGGCAGAAACGCAAUCCAGCUUCUAAUGGACAUUUAAACUAGAUUCAGUUCCUGUAGUGGGACAUACAGGAACUGCGCGGGACCCACACUGUCCCUCAAGGUACAAGAAGACAGUUCACUGCGCAGACCAACAGACCCAUCCGGGGCCAACCACAAAGCUGCCUCGUGGGCUUAUCGGAUCCAAAUGCACAGCAGAAGUGGACAUUGCUGGUCACACAUACCAAUGUCUCCUUGACACAGGAUCACAGGUCACCACCAUACCUGUGUCCUUUUACAAUACACACCUUCAGAAGCAACCAAUUCAACCACUCAAUGAUCUACUGCAAGUUGAAGGUGCUGCUGGUCAAACAGUCCCAUAUCUUGGCUAUGUUGAGAUCUCUAUCAAGUUUCCUAGAGACUUUGUUGCUGAAGAAUAUGAAAUAUCUACACUGGCUUUAGUUGUUCCAGACGCACACCCCGAUGUUUCAGCAACAGUUUUAAUUGGAAUGAACACUCUAGAACCACUGUACGAGCAGUAUCUUGGCGAACACCCAACAUUCCAGCCCAGUGCCCAUGGGUACAGAGCCGUGUUGAAAACGUUACAGCUGUCACAUCAGCAGAAGGACAAUGGCAACACAGGAGUUGUACGACUUCUAAGCAAGGCUCCAGUGCGUGUUCCGGCCGGCCGCACGAUCGUCAUCGAGGGUUUUGCAAAAGUCACCUCUCCGUCGUCCAGCCAGAGUGUCCUCCUACAACAUCCUGCUUCCACUCUGCCCGGUGGUCUGUGUGUCAGCAGUUGUCUCAUCACUCUCCGGCUCUUCCUCCAUACAAAGUUCCCGUGGUCAUCACCAACGAAUCCGAGCAAGACACAUUCAUUCCACCCUUCAGUGUCGUUGCGGAUCUCGAGACAUACCAUUGCAUCCUGUCUGAACACCAAGUGACCCAUCUUCCAGCUGAGAAACCACCAUCCAGCCUGAACAUCAACUUUGGUGAGUCCCCACUGUCACCUGUAUGGAAGAAGAGAAUCACAGAAAGGUUGAAUAACAUCUCGGAGGUCUUUUCCCACCAUGACUUGGAUUUUGGUUGCACAACGGCUGUGAAACAUUACAUCCCACUCCACGACAAUACACCGUUCAAACUACGCACCCGGCCAAUCCAUCCGCAGGACUAUGAAGCUGUUCGCCGUCACCUGCGUGAGCUUCUGGAAGCCGGAGUUAUAAGGGAAUCAUCAUCACCCUUUGCGUCUCCUGUUGUUGUGGUGAGGAAGAAAAAUGGUGAAGUCCGAUUGUGCAUCGACUACCGCAAACUAAACCUCCAGACAAUUAAGGAUGCAUACCCCUUACCCAACCUGGAAGAAUCGUUCUCAGACCUCGCUGGUUCCAAAUGGUUUUCAGUACUUGAUCUGAAGUCCGGUUAUUACCAGAUCCAGAUGGGUGAAGAAGAUAAACCCAAGACAGCCUUUGUCACUCCACUCGGCUUCUGGGAGUUUAACUGGAUGCCCCAAGGUGUUACCAAUGCACCUAGCACAUUUCAGCGCUUGAUGGAACGCUGUAUGGGGGACCUCCAUCUGAAGGAGGUGCUGGUGUUCCUUGAUGAUUUGAUCAUUUUUUCUGAUACCUUGGAGGAACACGAACAAAGGCUGCUGAGAGUCCUGAACCGGUUGAGAGAGUACGGGCUGAAACUGUCAUCAGAGAAAUGCCGAUUCUUCCAAACAUCUGUCCGCUACUUGGGCCACAUUGUCUCAGAAAAAGGAGUUCAAACAGACCCAGAAAAGAUAGAAACCAUCAAAACCUGGCCGAUUCCACAAACACUUAAACAGCUGAGAUCUUUUCUGGGCUUCGCAGGGUAUUACCGCCGUUUCAUAAAGGACUACUCCAUCAUAGCCAAACCACUGAACGAUCUGACUCGCGGAUACGCACCUGCUCGCAAGUCAAAGAACCAGAAAACUCACAAGAAACCUACCUACAGUCCGACCCAGCCAUUUGGGGAAAGAUGGAACCCCAGCUGCCAAAAUGCAUUCAAGACACUGAUUGGAAAACUUACCACUGCUCCAGUCCUUGGGUUUGCAGAUCCAUCUCGCCCAUACAUCCUCUACACUGAUGCUAGCGUGAUGGGACUCGGAGCAGCGUUAUAUCAGGAGCAAGAAGGAAAAUUGAGAGUCAUAGCCUAUGCAAGCCGCGGGCUAUCGCAGAGUGAGAGCCGUUACCCAGCCCAUAAGCUGGAAUUCCUUGCCCUCAAGUGGAGUGUCACGGAAAAAUUCCAGGAUUAUUUGUAUGGCGCUGACUUUACGGUGGUUACUGACAGCAACCCGCUGACGUACAUCCUCACAACAGCUAAACUGGAUGCUACAGGACAUCGCUGGUUGGCUGCUCUAUCCACAUACUCAUUCAAGCUGCUGUAUCGGGCUGGUAAACAAAACCGUGAUGCUGACGCUCUCUCGCGGCGCCCUCACCCAUGCUCCACUGAAGAAGCUCCCAAAGACCAUGAACUUAUCCAUCAGUUCAUUUCCCAACACGCUGCAGACUCUGAUGCCAUUCGAGAGGACAUUGUGAAAGCUAUCUGCCAAAAUCAUUUGGUCAAAGCUACACGGCCAGAUGAUGGAGGUCAGAUUGGUUUCACAUUCAUUGAGUCCUUGUCGACCAAAGCUGACACUAUUCCUGACAGCUACUGCUCCGAAAGCCUCCACCAGCUGCCAGUCAUUCCUGCUCUGAACAUCCAAGAAAAACAACACACAGAUCCCUGUAUUCGAGAGCUUAUCCACCAGCUAGAGACAGGGGAGAAGAUCCCGCCGACUGCAAGAGCUGAGCUCCCUGAAUGUCCCCUCCUGCUCAGAGAAUGGUCCAGGUUGGAACUGGUGGAUGGAGUCUUGUACAGGAGGAGACGGGACAAUGAGGAUCUGUCAUACCAGCUUGUUCUCCCAGGAGAACUGCGUCCCAUGGUCUUAAAGCCUCCAUGACGAUAUGGGCCACAUGGGGAUCGAACGUACACUCGAUCUUGUCUGUACAAGAUUCUAUUGGCCCAAGAUAGCAAUGGAUGUGGAGCAGAAGAUCAAGACCUGUGGCCGCUGUGUGCGCCGGAAAGCCUUGCCCGAGAGAGCUGCACCGCUUGUUAGCAUAAAAACCUCACGACCGCUUGAGCUCCUGUGCAUGGAUUUCCUGAGCCUUGAACCUGAUUCCAGUAACACUCGUGACAUCUUGGUUCUAACCGACCAUUUCACCAAAUUCGCUGUUGCCAUUCCUACGCCCAAUCAAAAGGCAAGAACUGUGGCAAAAUGUCUGUGGGAAAACUUCAUCGUUUACUAUGGCAUUCCAGAGCGAAUUCACACCGACCAAGGACAAGAUUUUGAGUCAAAGUUGAUCAAGGAAUUUUGUGAGGUUGCAGGCAUCCAGAAGAGUCGCACAACACCAUACCAUCCGAGGGGAAACCCAGUGGAACGUUUCAAUCGGACGUUGUUGGCAAUGUUGGGAACUUUGGAGCAAAAACAGAAGACAAGAUGGAAAGAACAUGUUAAACCAUUGGUUCACGCUUACAAUUGCACCAGGAACGAGGUCACAGGAUUCACCCCGUAUGAAUUAAUGUUCGGCAGAACACCUCGUUUACCUGUGGAUCUAGCAUUUGAUCUCCCUUUGUGUAAUGCCAAACACAAGAACCACUCUCAGUACAUCAAAUCUCUCAAAUCAAGAUUGGAAGGAAGCUUAAAAAUUGCUUCGACCAAUGCUUCCAAAUCUGCUGACCGGAACAAAGCCCGCUUUGAUAACCGUGUGAUACCAUCAGCACUGGAACCAGGGGACCGGGUGCUAGUAAGGAAUGUCCGUCUUCGUGGGAAACAUAAACUUUCCGACAAAUGGGAGGAAGAAGUUUAUGUCGUUGUCCAUCGAGCUGGAGAUCUUCCGGUUUAUAAAGUGAAACCUGAAAGCAGUGACGGACCUACGCGGACCCUGCACCGUGACCUCCUCCUUCCAUGUGGUUUCCUCGUGGACAGUAAUGAGAACUCACCCUCUGCAGAGCACUCACCUGUCCGCAGACCCAGAACUUGUCAGCAGAGCCAGAAUCCAGAUCAUCCAGAUCCUUCCACAGACUCUCUUGCUGGGGAUGAAGAUUCAGAGAGUUUGGUCUCUUUAAAUGUCAGUCCUCCUACUUUACAUUUCACAGUGGAGAAGCAACAUCACUAUCCAGCUGCAUCCAUUGAGAGUGAAAACGAAAGAGCACUGAUUAUUGAUCCUCCAGUUGAAACUGAAGACCAAAGAGAGCCACCUCCAGUUGAAGAAUCCAGCAGUGAGCAGUCUGAAUCUGACAUGGAAGAGAACUUACCAGAACCUGUUGAAAAUCCACCUAUCGAGCAUGGUGAAGACCAAAACUUACCUGGAAAUGAACAAAUACUUACCGAAGAUUCUGUCGUUUCCACCGAAGAUUCCCCCGAAGAACACAAUCCUGUGGGGAUACCUGAAAAUGACCCUGACAUAGUUGACAUUGCACUGAGACGUUCAGGACAACAAAGAGCGCAACCUCAAAGACUCCAAUAUAUCACUCGCGGCAAUCCAUUGAUUUCCGUAGUACAAACUAUGUUACACAGUUUGUCUGAUGCAUUAGGCGUUAGUACUACUGCCGAUGCUAACUGUCCCUUAUCCGUUCACGUUGUUUAGUUUUAACAUGCAACGGGACGUGCAUGAUUUAAGGUGGGGAGGAUGUAGCCCACAUAGAAAAUGCGCUUAUGGUGGAUAAAUGUAACAAAUAUUUAUUUCCUACAUUCUCCCGUGUCCUUAAACGCACCCUUGAGUCACGUAGUUACGUGCGCACGCACGCUGAGCACCUUGCGAGCCUGUUAGCCAAUCGCGUUCCUGUAGUCCUCUUCAAUUGUGUGUCCUGCUCGGUUGGCAGACAGGCAAGGGGAGACAGGCUGCAGGGACGGCUGCAACAGAAGUUUGAUACCAACCGCGUGCUGAUGCUGGGUGCUCGCUGUGUGACUGUCUAGGAGUGGAAUUGGUCAGGUGUGCCCUGCUUGGUGCCACCACCCGAUGGCGAGCUAAGCCCAAGAAGGAGCCUCGAACACCAUCCUCCCACAGCAACAGCACUCCUGUGGUUCGGUAGGGGCUGCUGCAGCCAGUCUACUGCGGACUGUGAUUUAUCACCAGUGAGGUGAUUGGGUGGAGUACAGGUACUCCAGGUGUUUUCCUGGACUAGGACUGUUGCAUUUCUUUUGCUGUUGCUAUUGUGAAACUGUAAACUGAACUGUUUAUUUGUGGUCAGAACAAAUGGUUAAAACAAAGUGCACUUUUUCCUCUUCAAACUUCUCUAAUAAUUUCAAAUCAAGCUUGAACAAAGUCAUAUCUGCAGAUCGUAAAUAUUUUGGGGCUACUGUUUGAAUUCACUUUUUUUCCACUGUUAAUAAUAAGGCACUGGCCACUAAACCAUAAAUACUUGUCUGUGUUGUCUUUAUACUGCCACACGCACCUCCCAGAGCCGAACCAUAGCAUUUUCUGAUCUAGUCCAAUUACCACCUUAUAAAAUUAAUAAACUCAUACUCUUCUUAUUGAGCAUUACUACAUGUACUUGCUACACUUGUCUCUGAUAUCUCCUAACAGUUUUCCAAGAAAUUUCUGAUAUUUACUUUGAAACCGAUGCUAUAUUGCUGCAUACUCUGUAGUUCUUAUGCAUAGAGUGUGGCUGGCAGUGAAUGCUUGAAAUACAUAGCAACAGUAACCAAGGGAGCGGGGCUUAGCUAAGGAUCAUGUUAGCCAAUGACAUUCCGUUUGGAGCCUCCACCUUGUUCCCCGGCGCUGCGUUCUGAUUGUUUGUCCCUCUUCACCGAAGGACACGGCAGUCGUUAUGGUAAGUGGUAGGAGCUUGCUUGUAGCGUAGUCAUUUUGUGAAUGUUGCUCGUGCUUCUGACAUUAUAUAUGCCCCGUGGCAAGUCCUACCGUCGCUCUGAGGCGGCUAAGUGGAGGAUGGCGGAGCGACAGUUGGCCUCCAGUGACGCUGGUGCAUCUUGUGGCACAGGGUGGUGCUACAAAGUGCACAAACGGUCAAUUUCUGAGCACACUGGGCGCCAGCAUAAAUUGGUCAUUCCAGUUGAGGUCCCAGGCAAGACGGUCUUCGCUGGGACCUUGUCCCACACUUGACAGUCCCGGGGGAUAUCCAAGAGUUUUUCCGGCAGGAAUUUCACCGCGUGUCAACACGUCUCGGUGUGAAAUAUUUUCACCACGCUGACCGCUUCCCCCUGAACAACCGCAAGCUGUGGUGCUGUGAUGGUGUGCACCCCAGUGACGACAUGGGGAUGCCUAUCCUCGUGGAGUCGCUGUUGGCUGCCACCAAACAGCACCUGGAGAUACCAGCACCUAAGCCACAGGUGUCGCGCCCGGUGUCUCCCAAGCCUCUGCCAAAGGUGGUUCCACGUGUGAUUGUGGUGGGGGAGGUUGUAGUUCCACGGGCCCCCCCUCCUGAGUGGACGUCUGUACAGUCGGGCAGGAAGAGGAACCACUCUGAACAUGAGCAUGGCUCUGGUUCAUCACAGAGACGAGUGGUUCAUCAUGUGGUAUGUUUAACCAUGAUAUUUACAUAACAGUGAUAGUUUGUGUGCUUUAUCUAAGAAAAUGACAAGUGUUAGAAAUAAUCUACAUGUCUGUCAGGUGGAUGGAGCUCCAGUGGCCUUGCGAGAGUGUUUCAUUCAUAUUGUAUAUGGAUUACGCUCGUGUAAUAUCACAUAGGAUUACGCUUGCGCGGGUCCUAGUCCUUUUUUUUGUGAACCAACUGGUCUUUUUGUGUGUGUUGGGGUAGUUCCUAGGGGGUAGUCUAGCUGUUCUUAAGUGCAUUCACAAGACACCCGAAGAAGCCCAUAGAGAUACUGUUUGUGUGUCACAGAGGAUAGUCAGGUGUCUGGUUAUGACAAGUUCGAAGAGACAACUCCGUAGUUCUGGUUGGAGGAGGGUUCCUUGGGGGUAGUCUAGCUGUUCUUUUAAGUGCAUUCAAUGGCACAAGACAUGUUCCUGAUCAAAUAUGUAAUGUAAUUAAUGUAUGUAAUAAUUUGCAAUAAAAUUGUAUGAUAUUUUA